CGCUCUUCGCUUCCGCUCCCUGCCGGAAGGCGCGGCUGUUCCCGGUCGGCGGGGGGUCACGUGACGGCGGAGGAGGCGGAGGAGGAGGCCGCAGCCGCCACGGCCCGGGAGAAGGAAGUCGGUGUUUUACACUCAGCAGUGUCAAUAUUAGAUUUCGAUGCUGAAGAGGAAAGACAGUUCCAGGGUGCAGUUUUGUAGGGCUGAUUUAGCAGCAGAUUUCCCCCAGCGAUAUGGCUGCCUCAUCAACACCCAGGUGCAACUCAACCUCCAUGGAGAGCUCCUCGAUUAAAAAGCCUUUGAAAGAUGGACCGAACUGGGAACACAAUGAAGAAGUACCUCGUCUGCCGGGGGAAACACGAGUCACAGACAAAGAGGUCAUUUACAUGUGCCCCUUUAACGGUCCUGUCAAAGGAAGAGUAUACAUAACAAACUACAGGCUCUACCUGAGAAGCGUGGAAUCGGAUACCGUGGUGAUAUUAGAUGUUCCUCUGGGUGCUAUUUCAAGGAUUGAGAAAAUGGGAGGCGCAUCGAGUAGAGGAGAGAAUUCAUAUGGAUUGGACAUUACUUGCAAGGAUAUGAGAAACUUGCGCUUUGCACUGAAACAAGAAGGCCACAGCAGAAGAGAUAUAUUUGAGCUGCUGACCAAAUAUGCUUUUCCACAGUCACAUAACUUGCCUUUUUUUGCAUUUCUCAAUGAAGAGAAAUUUCCUGAAAACGGUUGGCUAGUUUACAAUCCUAUGGUGGAAUACAGAAGACAGGGUCUGCCUAAUGACCAGUGGAGGGUCACAUUUCUCAACGAGCAUCACGCUUUGUGCGACACGUACCCCUCGCUUCUGGUCGUGCCAUACAACACCACAGACGAUGAUCUCAAAAAGGUGUCUGCUUUUAGAUCCCGAGGUAGAAUACCAGUGUUAUCAUGGAUCCAUCCAGAAAACCAGGCCGUCAUCACGCGCUGCAGCCAGCCCCUGGUUGGGAUGAGUGGCAAAAGGAACAAAGAUGACGAAAAGUACCUUGAAGUCAUAAGGGACACAAAUGGGCAGCUCUCAAAACUGACCAUCUAUGACGCAAGGCCCAACGUAAAUGCGGUCGCCAAUAAGGCCACGGGAGGAGGGUAUGAGAGCGAGGACGCCUAUCCCAACGCCGAGCUGCUCUUCCUAGAUAUCCAUAACAUCCACGUCAUGCGGGAAUCCUUGAAGAAGCUAAAGGACAUUGUUUACCCGCAUGUGGAGGAGUCGCACUGGCUCUCUAGCCUGGAGUCCACGCAUUGGCUUGAACACAUCAAGCUUGUUUUAACAGGUGCCAUUCAGAUUGCGGACAAAGUGUCCUCCGGGAAGAGUUCGGUCCUGGUCCACUGCAGCGACGGUUGGGAUCGCACGGCACAGCUGACCUCCCUCUCCAUGCUGAUGCUGGACAGCUACUACCGAACCAUUUUGGGCUUCGAAGUGUUGGUACAGAAGGAGUGGAUCAGCUUUGGGCACAAGUUUUCCUCGAGAAUUGGCCAUGGAGACAAGAACCACGCUGAUGCCGACAGGUCUCCCAUCUUCCUCCAGUUCAUUGACUGUGUUUGGCAGAUGUCUAAACAAUUUCCUACGGCUUUUGAAUUCAACGAGCAAUUUUUGAUUACGAUUCUGGAUCACUUGUAUAGCUGUCGUUUUGGUACCUUCUUGUACAACUGUGACUCUGUGAGAGAGAAAGAGCACAAAAGCAAAAUAUGUCAACCCAUUUUACACAAAAGAACUGAACCGGGCUCUUUAUCCUGUCGCCAGCAUGCGGCACUUGGAACUCUGGGUCAAUUAUUACAUUCGGUGGAACCCAAGGAUCAGGCAACAGCAGCCGAACCCGGUGGAGCAGCGCUACCUGGAGCUCCUGGCUCUGCGCGACGACUACAUGCGCCGGCUGGAAGAGCUGCAGAUCACCAACAACCCCAGACUCUCCAACUCCUCCUCCUCCUCCUCCUCUUCCUCGCAGAUGAUGUCCCACGUGCAGACUCACUUUUGAAGGAACGUGGCCGUCCUUUCGGUGGUGCUGAACCGGGCGGGAGGGGGAAACAGAGAUGCCUUAUAUUGCGCUCCUUCCCUUGUCCUGAGAGGAGGAGCGGGAGCCGAAUACAAGUGGGCUUUUUCGAAGUUGAUUUACGUGCCUUUCGGAACCGUUUGCCUGCAGACAUGGUAGUCGAACUAGCGUUUUAAAAGAGGUGUGUGGGUUUUGUUUUGUUUUGUUCCUUCAGACAUAUUUAACUAAUGCUUUCAGUAACAGCCAUAAGCUUUUUGGAACUCGUUUGACUCUAGAGCAGGGCUGGGUAUACAUUGGGGCUUUUGGACUUCAACUCCCAUCAUUCCUGGCCUCGGGCCUUUUCCUUUUCCCCCUCAGCCGCUUAAGCGGCUGAGGGGGAAAAGGAAAAGGCCCGAGGCCAGGAAUGAUGGGAGUUGAAGUCCAAAACACCCGGAGAGCCAAUGUUUACCCAUGCUUGCAACAGGCUCUCUCUUGCUCGGACUUAAAAUACAUCCAUCGAGCAAGGUGCCAUUCACGCCAAUGAGGACUCUGCCAAACCGCACGCCUUCGGACAGCAGAGAAAGCAUUUAUAUGCGAUUUAUAUACCUUCCUACAGUUAAAAAGUUAUUGCAGCGGUAGCCGUAACAAGCUGCCGCGACUUAAUUCCCCUCGACGUUUGUGCCUAUUCCGAGCAUCAGCCUUAUCUUCUAAAAGCAGAUAUAUUAAUAUUUUAUUCUUUGGAUGGGAUAUAUAUUUGUUUGUUCGGGUGCGCGCCUGCGCGCGCGUGUAAAUACUUCACAAAUCAGUGUUUUAUCGAAACAACUUACAGAAAAUACCGUCUGCACUAAGUUUGCAGAUCCUUCGCUUCGCCGUCUUCUGUCCAGUUUUAUAAUUUGUUCCUUUUUCCGGGAAUCUUUUUGUUUUUUAAUUAAGCACUUGUGAAAUCUGCACAAAUCUUGGUAUUUUAAUUGAUAUUUUGCUUAGUUUUUAACUAGUUCUUCGGUCAGUUCGGAACACGCUUAAGGACAUAGGAUGUAUGAAGGACUUAUUUGUAGCUAACCUUUUUCAAAGCCAGCGGGCUCUUUGAAGGUGUUGUAAAUUAUUGUACGUGUACGUUUUGCGCGGCGAAAUUCUACGGCGGGGGAGGAUAAUAUAGGAUAAAUAUGUACAUUGCGUUGGGAGUGUAUGAAAUCGUCUUCUCUUUGUAAAGUGUAAAUAUCCGGAGUUCUAACGUUUUAGAGUCCACAAAGUACUAUAAAUUUCUUAGUUUUAGAGGACGUUGAAGGAGGAGGGAGGGUGUAUUUUAGAAAUAGUAUAUUUUCAUUACAAGGAAGGUGGAGCACAUUAAUGCAGUAAAUAGUCUACUAAGGGAUUUGCACUACUUCUUCAGGGAUAGACUGAAGCCCUAGUCAUAACGCAUGAGCGCUUUCAACUCACUACCUGUUUUCUCUGAAUUUCCACUCUUUUCAUGACCCUUUGGUCCUCUGUUUCACAAAUGCACAUAGAGUUGUCUUACCCCACCUUCACGGAAAUCGGAAAACAAAAUGCAUAAAUUGAAUUACAAGGAAAAUCACCUUAUCGCUAAAGUACGAGGGUGGGUCAAUAAGUUUUGCCUCCUGUGUCAUAAAAACAUUAUGUAUGAACAUAUCACAGCAGAAAUUGCUUCAGGUCGUAGCCUGAACUGUCCUCUACGCAAAACUGCCGUUCAACGUAGUAAUUUGUACACAUUUGCGCCAUCAUUUAAGCCAGGCAUCAAAACCAUUUUGGGAAAUGUCAAAGGCUUUCAUGGUUGGAAUCACAGGGUUGUUGUGUGUUUUCCGGGCUAUAUUCCUGAAGCAUUCUCUCCUGACGUUUCGCCCACAUCUAUGGCAGGCAUCUUCAGAGGUAUGAUACCUCACAACCUCUGAGGAUGCCUGCCAUAGAUGUGGGCGAAACGUCAGGAGAGAAUGCUUCAGGAACAUGGCCGUACAGCCCGCACAACACACAGCAACCAAUUGUGGAAAAAAAAAUAAAGGUUUUGCUUUGUGAUCCAUGAUUUUAACAUCAUUCAAGUCAUUGAAUCUGAAACCAUGUAGGUCAGUGGGUCGCAACCUGUGGGUCCCCAGAUUUUUUGGCCUUCAAUUCCCAAAAUCCUAACAGCUGGCAAGCUGGCUGGGAUUUCUGGGAGUUGUAAGUCAAAAACACCUGAGGAACCACAGGUUGAGAACCAUUGUUGUAGGUUGUUUUUCAGAGGUCCAAACAGGAUAAAGUCAGUCUGGGCCAAAUCGGGGCUGUUGGGCGAGUGAGGCACAACUGACAGGCCCAUUUGUGCAAUCGCCUGGAUUGUGAAAAAUGACAUGUGUUAUCAUGAUGAAGCUUGAUGGAACAAAUGUAUUUUCAUGGUCUCUUCUUUCUGUGUGUCCCAAAUCACUGUUGGCUUAACCUUCUGUGUUGAUCUGGCAGACUUGAAUUUUUUGGAGAAGCACUGUCAGUAGUGCCUCACCCACCUUACAGCAAAACCUUGAAUUUUUCGAAAAUGGUUUUGAUGCCUGGGUUAAACAAUGGCGCAAAUGUGUACGAAUUGAUGAUGACUACAUUGAAUGGUAGUUUUGUAUAGAGGAGAGUUCAGACAGCUUCUCCUGUUCUAUGUUCAUUCAUAAUGUUUUUAUCACACAGGAUGCCGAACUUUUUGACCCACCGUCCUAUAAAACUCCACAACUGAAAGAAGAAUUAAAAACUAUGCAGACUUCAAUGGCCUUUUCUUUUCUCGCAGUGUGCAAACAUCUCAUUCUUCAUUACAGCACCGGAACCUUCUCCCGUCGAUUGUAUGUUUCAUUCGGUCUGCUGUUCGUUUUGUUUGUUUUCGCAAAGUAAAACACUACGUUUUUUUUGUGUUCUCCGGGGAAGGAACGUCCAAACAGGUCGAAAAUACACGUUGCCUUCUCAUGAUCGAAUUAUGUUGCCACAGGUGACACCGGUGUCCUGGGUUUUGUGGAGGAUUUAUUGUCAUUAGAUGUCGACGCCAAAUGUUGGCUUAAUUUCUUUUCUUUUCUUUUUUAAAAAAAGUACUGGUUAAGUCGUAUGAAAUAAACAAUGAACGCUUUUA